AUGACCAUAAAAAAUACGUCUUUAGCAAAAUUGCAGGAUAUAGACGAAGCAGUUAAAACGUUACAAGAUAUAAUAUUGAGACAAUAUGAAAAGAAAUUGAAUGGCAGCUUAACAGAGAAUAGUUAUAGUGAAAUUGACGAAGAAGAGAUUAGUAGGCAUUUUGAAGCGAUAAAGGAUCUGGCAGUAGAGUCUUUUACGGCAAUUUUUCAAAGUAAACAAGCGACAUUGGAAGCAAGAGAACGAAUGAAUGAGAAAAAGCUCGCACUUCAAGAAGUUAUGUAUGAAAAACGGCACAUUCUCGAAGAAAUCGUGCAAUGUCAAGAAUUUAGAUCAGUUUUUCAAGACAUAGAGCUUAUUCCUUUGGAAGAAUUUCAAGAAAAUGCAGGAGAAGAGUAUAAAAGAGACGUUGAUAACCCUCAUCAGCUCUUUAUCAAUCGCUUAAAAUAUGAGCUUGUGAUCAGAUCAGCCCUAAAAGAACAACAAGAAGCAUUACAAAUUCAAAAGACUCAAUUGAUCAAAGAAAAUAGAAAAGCACAAAUGAAGAUAGAUCAAAUUGAUAAGUUGUUGGAUGAUUUUGUGCAGGUACUAAUUAAAAUAAUAUACAUCCUUUGA